AUGGGCGCGGCGUCGGGCAUCAUGGUCGCCAAGGAGGACGCCGUGUUCCCGGACAGCGGUGCGUACGGUGGCUGGCCGACGUCGAGCGUCGAGCUCUGCCUCGAGAAGUACCUGAGCCUGCGCGAGCACAAGGACGUCGACAUGGACGGGACGAUCCGGGUAAUUUUCACCAAGGACCGGUUCGUCGACGACGCCAACGCGCCGCCCUUCGGCCUCGUCGUCGAGCCGUUCCUCAGCGGCGUCGCGAGGAUCGCGACGGAGGGCAAGAUGGACCGCCAGUCCGUGCGCCGCGCGAGCUCCGCGCUCCAGGACGGCGAGAUGCUCAUGGUGCGCCACGUCGAGGCCGGGUCGCCGGCUUCGGACGCGAAGGUCGAGGCCGACUGGCUCCUGAGCACGGUCUGCGGCAAGAUCCCCAAGUCCGCGUCCAUGGUGAGGGACGCGAUAGCCGCGGCCGUCGCCGCGGGCGACGACUGCGAGCUCCACUUCACGGCGGGCCCCUUCAACCACGGCGGCGCGCCGCCGAUCCGCAUCGGCCGGCCCCUCUGGAUCCACGUCUUCAACGACCCCACGGAGCACGGCGCCGACGGCGCCGUGCUCCAGCUGCCGCUGAGCUGCAUGAAGGCCUUGCAGGCCGCCUUCCCGGACGGCGCGGCGAGCGGCGCGGCGGCGCGGCCCGCGCUCAUCAUGCUCGCGCUGCUGUGCCGCGACUCGUUGACGAGCCGGCUCCAGAUGAUCUUUCAAGCGUUGGACGCGAAGAACAAGAUGUCCGUGCCGACGGCGGAGGUCUCCGACGUCGUCGCGCUCUUCACGGCGACGCUGCGCCACAUGCGCUACCUGCGCCAGCCCCUCACGGACGACGCCCUUGGCGCUUUGACGGAAUCGUUGGCGUCCCACGCGAAAAACGGCCGGCUCGAUUCCGAGGGCUUCGUCGAGUGGGGCAAGCGCGAGUCCAAGGGCGGGCUGCUGGCGGCCCUGGCCCACAGCGCGACGGGCACGCUCGGCAAGUACCGCAAGCCCGUCACGCUCGACGCGGCCCACUCCAAGGAGGCGCACGCGCGCGCGCGGCGCAAGUACGGCUCGGGCCGCGCGCAGCAGGCGAACAAGAAGCUGGGCGUCGCCAUCGCCACGGCGGACGCGACGCACAACAACUCGGCCAAGUACGACCUCGAGAAGGUGCGCAAGAAGCACGACGGCCGCGUCCGGGCCGUCGCGUCCUCGACGACGAUGGCGCGCCUCGUGUCCGAGGUCGACUUCGGCUACGAGGACCUGCACAAUUUACGAUUGGAGUUCGCGGACGCGUCGGACCGCUCGGGCAAGGACGGGCCCUACCUCACCUGCGACCGGCUCAAGGACAUGCUGCUCGCGCGCUUCCCGUCGCUCGAAAACGGGCGCGUGCUCACGGACAUGCUCCGCGUCUUCGACGUCAACAGCAACAACAAGAUCUACUUCCCGGAAUUCGCGCGGGCGCUGUCGAAGCUCGUGGGCUCCUUCGAGGAGCAGAUGUCGUUCAUCUUCGCGCUCUGCGACAAGGACGCGGACGGGCAACUGGAGCUCUGGGAGCUGAGCGACCUCAUCUCCGACGCGUCCGACGACAUGAACGAGCUCGGCGACCACAUCAAGGCGCGCAUCCCGACCUUCGACGACGGCGGCGGCUUCGUCGAGAUGGUCGAGUUCGAGGCGUUGCUCAAAAGCGACGCGCAUCUGUACCUCAACUUCUACUGGACGUGGGUGCCGUUCAUCGGCGGGAAUCUGCUGGCGGGUCUGGAACUCUUCGAGCAGGUGGCCAUCGCCGUCGGCGUGCUGCCGAACUUCGAGCUCGCCCUGCGCAUGUGCCCGGCGUUCUCGGCGGCCGCGGGCCUGGCUACCGCGGGCGACUGGAAGAUCGGCGCGCUCGAGCUCGCGCAGGUGCUCUUCGGCGCGUUGGGCGUGCCCGUGCCCGCCGGCGAGUCGUUCCGCGCGCUGCAACCUUCGGAGGGCGACGGCGUCCCCGCCAAGGACGACGGCGAGACGCCGCGCGCGGCCGAGAAGGUCGGCGCCGCGGACGGCGCCGAGACGCCCUCGAUGGCGCCGACGAAGUCCAAGGACAUGCACUUCUUCGCCACGCCCGUGCUGACGGGCGCGCAGACCGCGCCGCUCAUGUUCAAGCUGUCCAAGGCCGUGACCCUCAUCUUCGACGAGCUCCUGGGCGCGUACAAGCGCCGCGCGGCGCACGCGGCCAAGGCGAACCCGAAGCCCGGCGAGGUCGACCAGUUCGGGGCGCCGCUGCUGCCCAUCGAGAGCGAGGGCAUGGACGAGAUCCCCGCCGCGCGGGUCUGGGCCACGGUCGCGCACUACCUCGCGGCGCGCGGCGCCGCGGGCCUCACCAAGUCGACGCGGAAUUUAGACGUCCUGUCGCCGAGCGGCAUGGACUUUGACGAGCAGGUCGCGACGUCGCCGUCGGGCGCCACGGCGGUCCACCCGGGCCGCCUCACGUCCGUCCCGCAGGAGAUCCAGGCCGCGAUCAUUUCGAGGGUGGUCGCGUUCGAGGCCAUCGAGGACGACUACCACCCGGACCCCAUCGUGUCGCCGUCGUCGCGGUCGUUGAAGAACCCGCCGCAGCUGCCCAAGAUCCCCAUGGCCAAGAUCUUCACCUUCACGAACGAGGUCUGCGCGAUCCACGACGCGUGGGAGCUGACGCUCGCCGAGGCCUUCGAGGCCAUGGACGCGAACCAGGACGGGAGCGUGUCCUUCGACGAGCUGCUGAAAUACUCGCGGAUGAACCGCGAGCUCUUCCAGCUCAUGAUCGGCACGGGCAACCGCAAGACGAAGGGCCUCAUCGAGUACGACGCGGCGCGCGUCGCCGAGUACGACCAGGUCGCCCACCCGGAGCACCCCCUGCCCGUGCUCAAGUAA